AUGGAUGUGAGGAACAUUGGUGUGGUUGUGGAAGAGGUGGAUGCAGCUAGAACUGCACUACAAUGGGCACUUCACAACAUCAUUCGAUGUGGUGACACAGUCACCCUCAUCCAUGUCUACCCUUUAACAAAAUCCAAAACCAAAAAAAAAGCUCGUCUUCUUCGCCUCAAGGGCUUCCACUUAGCCCUUUCCUUCCAAGAAAUCUGCAACAACUUCUCCAACACAAAGGUUGAGAUUGUUGUCACCGAAGAGGACCUAGAAGGAAUGAAAAUUGUGGCCAUGGUGCGAGAGAUUGGAGUUUCAAUGCUAGUUGUUGGACUCCAUGAUCAUAGUUUUCUUUACAACUUCACAAUGGCCCAUAAAAGUAUAGAUAGCAACUUCAACUGCAGAGUGUUUGCCAUCAAGCAGCCUCCUUCAUCCCAGCUGAGUCCCAUGCCUUCUGCAUUAGGAGUCUUAGACAGUUCAACUAACAUGGACUUUUCACAUAUAGAAAUUUCUGGAGCACAUGAUCCUGAUACCCCUCCACCAAAAGUGAAAUACCGGAUUUGCCCUGACCCUACUGCAAUUAUUUGGAGAAUAAGAAGGUCAAGGAGAAGGUGA